GAACAAGAACACUCCUAUGUGAUCUGCAUGUCCAAUCAAAACUAAUCAACACAGAUGAAAUUUGGAAUAUUGAGUACUUAUGAUUAACUGCCAUGAACUAUAUACAGAUGGUGGAAACUGGUAACUGGAAGAAAUGGGAGAAACUGUCCUGCAAAUGAUUAAAACAAAAUUCAAUAUGCAAGAAUCCCUGAUCUUCCAUGGAACUUGCAUUUGUGACCUGGACAGUCAGAUAUUUUCACCAUGUCUUUUUAGAUGUACUGUAUAGUCAACUUUAGGCCAUAUCGUUUAUCUGAGAAAGAUCUACUUGGAGAUAAAGAUGUAAUUUCAACAAGAAUAUCAUAAACUGCUAUUUUCGGUGUAAAAAAAAAACAACACAAAAAAACCCAGAACACCAACAGGAAACAUCACAGACGGAUAAAACGAAAAAUAUGUAGAGUCACUGCCGUCUUCAGACUUCCUUUGAAAUGUAGGUGACAACACUCUCCGCCACCAUACACCGUCUUCCAGUAAGUGACUAUUUUCUCUUACUUCAAACUGGAAGAGGAACAUAUAAGAAGGGUAGAACAAAAUAUAGGCCAUCUUAGGUCUCUUAAAAACCCACUGGUUUGAAAGAGUCUAUUACUUCUGGAGGCAUCUCCUACCUCUAAAAUGGGAAUUCUAUCAGAACAGCUCACAGGAAAAAAAAAAACCUUUCUUCCCUGAGAGGGUAUUGAAACAUCAACGGGAAUACCAAUUGUGCCUGAAACAACAGCCUUUAAAAAGAAGACUACAUGGAGUUUUCAGAAUGUUAUUACGCAGACCUUAACCUCACCUGCAACGAUUACAGUGAGAAUGAACAUUUUCUCAAGGCCAGCAAAAUCUUUCUGCCCUGUAUGUAUGCAUUAGCUUUUGCCUUUGGGCUGAUAGGAAAUUCUUUGGUCCUUAUCAUAUACAUUUUCUGUGAGAAACUGAAGACACUGACAGAUGUAUUUUUAGUGAGCUUGGCUACAGCAGACUUGCUUUUCCUUUCCACCUUGCCAUUCUGGGCAUAUUCUGCUGCGCACGAGUGGAUUUUUGGCUCCUUAAUGUGUAAAAUUAUACGGGGCCUGUACACUUUGAAUCUGUACACUUCAAUGUUAACGCUCACUUGUAUAACUAUUGACAGGUUUAUUGCUAUUGCCCAAGCCACAAAAGCCCACAUGUGUCAAGCCAAAAGAAUGGUUUGGGGGAAAGUCAUCUGCAUUUUAGUUUGGGUGGUUUCACUAGCAUUUGCAAUACCACAAUUUAAAUACAGUACACAACUGAAUUACGAUAAGUCAGUCUGUCAUGCAAUAUACCCUUCACAUCUCAUAGAAUUGGCUUUUAAAGUAUUCCAAAUGACCCUUGGAUUCUUUAUCCCCAUGAUAACCAUGAUUAUCUGCUACUCAAUAAUUAUCAAAACUUUACUUCAUGCCAGGAGUUUCCAAAAGCAUAAAUCCUUAAAAAUCAUAUUUUCCAUAGUAGUGGUGUUCAUUCUUACUCAGUUACCCUACAAUUUACUGAUACUCAUAUGCAAUAUACAUGUGGAAUUCAACCUGGACUAUAAUUUCGACUCUGCAGUGGUCAUAACAGAAGCAAUUGCUUAUCUCCAUGGCUGUCUCAACCCCGUUCUGUAUUUCUUUAUUGGGGUGAAGUUCAGGAAGAACUUCCAGAAAAUCAUUAAGAACAUCACAUGUGUUAAGCGUCAAGGUGUUGUGAAGCAAUGGCAAACCACUGAAGAGGAGGGCUCGAAAACUUAUACCGCCUCACCCAAUGUAGAAGCAACAAGCAUGUAUCCAUUAUAAAAGCCGCAUAGAGGGUCACAGCUUUGUUAAGUUUAAAAAGUACUCAUAGUCAUGAAAGGGCUUAUGUAACAGCCACAUUAGACUGAUAUAGUACAAGCAGGCUACGUGUAAGCUUCCCAACACAUUUAAUGCAUCUCAGUCCUGACAUUGUAGCACUCCUACUAUUCCUGAGCAAAGACUGGUAACUGGGUGAAACGCUGUAGUAGUUUUAUGAUGGGCAUACAUAAAGGUUUAAGGAUGAGAUCAUCAAACUCUUUAAUGUGUGAUUUAAGGCUGGGUUUGAACUCAGGGUUGCAGCAAAGGAAAACUAGUGUAUCAGCCCUCUGGACAAGUUAGUCUCCCAGGAAGGAUGUUUGUAAGCAGAAAAGACAUUUAAGAGCUUUGUUUUAAAGAGUCUAAGAGAAAAGUUGCAGUUUGUUAUGACUUUUAACUUGACUUUUUAUAUUAAAAAUGUAG